AUGUCUGACGUGAAUGCUUCUUGUCUCUUCUUGCCUACUGCGAGUUCUCCCUCGCCUUCUCAAAAUUCGUUGACUAUGGGCAAUUCCUCACCAGCAGCGCGCGACGAGCACCAGGAGAACCCGCUACCACAUCCAGAAUCAAGGAAGACUCAAAAGACCGCCGAUCCAAAUCUCGUCGUCUGGGAUCGAGAUGACCCGGAGAAUCCCAUGAACUGGUCGACGGCAAAGAAGGUUUUUAUAUUGACACAACUGGCUUUCCUCGCCCUGGCAGCUUCACUUGGAUCCAGUAUCAUAUCCCCAGCAGAAUCCGACAUAUCCAAGGAAGUCGGUGUUGGCGAUGAAGUCGUGGCCUUGGUAGUCUCGCUCUACAUAGUCGGUUUUGCUCUUGGUCCUAUACUCUGGGCCCCCGUCUCCGAAGUCUGGGGUCGCAGGAUGUCGAUGCUGCCGGCUAUGUUCUGUUUAGGCAUGUUCUCGAUCGGCACAGCUGUCAGCAAGAACACGGCAUCGGUGUUCGUUACGCGUUUCUUUGCCGGGGUGUUUGGCUCUGCUCCCGUCAGCAAUGUGUCCGCCGCAUUAGGGGAUAUCUGGCCACCACGAGUGAGGAACAAUGCAAUGAUGCUAUACGCGGUUACAGUCAUCGGUGAAUAUCUUGAAGCGAUCAUUGUGUUCUCCUCCUUCGGGGUCUCAUUGUUCUUCUUGCCAGAGGUGUACGACCCUGUGCUGCUGGACCGCAAAGCUGAGCGUCUACGCAAGGAGACGGGAAAUCAGGAUAUCUACAACCCACACGAGCAGAUUGAGUUAGACGUCAAAUCGAUCGUGCAGAAACAGCUUGCCCGUCCCCUGCAGAUGCUCUGCACGGAACCGCAAGCAUCUGCAAUCGCGGUCUAUGCUUCGUUCGUCUACGCGCUCCUUUACCUUUGUCCGGAAGUCUUCCCCUUGGUUUUCCAGGAACAUCGGCACUGGUCGCCUGUGGUGGGCUCUCUGCCCUUCCUGGGUCUCUUCAUUGGAGUCCUUUCGGCCACCGGCAUCAUGGGUGUCGGCCAGUCUACUAUAAGCGCCAGGUCGACGCCAAUGGUGGGAAAGCCGUGCCCGAAGCUUGUCUCCACGAUGGCAGUUGGCGGUGUCUUGUUCACAGUUGGGCUUUUCUGGUUCGGCUGGGCUGCACGCCCUGGCAUCCCCUGGAUCGUGCCUGUCAUGGCAACAGGCUUCGUCGGCGGCGGCUUCCUCAUCAUCUUCGGCCAGUGCGUCACCUUCUUGGUUGACACGUACGGGAAAUUCGCCGCUUCGGCUGUGGCGGCGAAUACCAUACUGCGUUCAAUGCUCGCAGCUGGAUUCCCAUUGUUAUCGAACCCUAUGUUCAACACCCUGGGUGUUGGGCCGGGAAUGUCUCUUCUGGGUGGUAUCGCUACACUAGCAAUCCCGAUUCCUUUCUUGUUCAUGAAUGAAUUCGCCGCGGAUAUCAUGACCAUGAUCUCCUUCACCGAGCCCUGGGGUUUCGUUAGAAACAGUCGUGAUGAGCGCGGGAUCCUCGGCAGCUGGCGCAAAGGACUCCCGUUGUUCGGAUUUGCCGGACGAUGCAAUUCCUUUCGGAAAAUCCUGUCCAUCCCUGGUAUAGGGGAGAAGUUCCUUCCCAGCGCUACCGAUAAAGACGGCUUCGGGUAUCUGAUGAAUUGGGCUGACAAGGAAGUAUCCCGUCGUGAAGAGAAGUUGGGCGACGGCUUGACUUCGGAUCAACCAGACUUCCUCCAACAUUGCCUAGAUGCACGAAUGGAUGGAAAGCCCCUCAGCCCAGUCCAAAAGCGAGCCCAUGUAACACUCCUGAUUCAAGCAGGAGCAGACACCACUGGAACCGCGCUCGGAGCCACUCUACGAUUUCUGGCCUUGAACCCCGAGAAGCUGAAACGUGCAUGGGAGGAGAUUGAAGCUGCUGAUCGUGCAGGUAAAUUGUCGGACCCAAUCCAGUACGAAGAAACACGCGAGUAUCUGCCGUUCUUUUGCGCAUGCAUCAAAGAAGCAACUCGAUUAUGCCCGCCUGCCGAUAAUCUCUUUGGCCGCGUGGUUGGAAAGGCCGGUAAAGUGAUCGAUGGGCACUUCCUUCCUCCGGGGACGGAGAUAACGAGCAAUGCAUACGUCGUGCAGCGGGAUCCGGUGCUGUAUGGUCCAGAUCCCGAGGCUUUCCGCCCCGAACGAUGGCUUGACAGCAAAGAGAAAGCAGCCGAAAUGGAGCUUCACAGCUUUGUGUUUGGCAUUGGACCUCGGAUAUGCUUGGGAAAGGACGUCGCCAUCAUUGAAUUGCACAAGCUUCUUCCCGAGAUCAUUCGGCGCUUUGAUAUAGAGCUUGUCACUCCAGGGAGAUUUGUGGUUGCCGGGGGAGUUGCGUAUUUCAACGACUUUAACGUGAAAUUGAUGGCGAGAGAGGAAACAGCUUGA